AAUCCAGUUCAUGUUAAAGGUGUUACUCAUAAUUUUAGAACGUAAUAUGUUUUAAACUACGUUAUGUAUUCUGAAAUAAUAUCUUUAUUCCUCGUUUUUAGUUUUUUUUUUGUAUUUGAAAAGCUAAUCGAUUGCUCGGUGUGUGUUUGAGUGUCCGUUCAGACGCGUUUAAUCGAACACUGAUCGAGUCAAACACCGCGUCCUUCUGCUCCGGUGUGAAAAUGUCUGCCAGUCGGUUAUUACUGCAAACUGCAGCUUUCAGUAAAAUUGUGAGCAGAAAUGCUUUCACUGCAGUCAAACCAGAUCCGUCCAGACCCAACAUGCUGCGAGUGGGUCUUGCCUUCGGGACCACAGCGCUCCUGUGGGCGAUGCUCUUCAGACAGAACCAGAGCGACGUGCAGGUCUACAAAGAACGAAACGGACUGGAGUCGUAACGUAUUUUCGUUUCCUGUAGCUUUGCGCUUCACUGCUCCUAUAGCUUAUGUCUAAUAAAGAUGUAUAUGUAUGUGUUCAUUA